CCUAUUAAUGCUUACAAUUCUUGAAACAAAGUGCAACUUUUAUCGUUGAAAUAUGGAAAAAAAAAAAAAGAAAAAAAGGGUGCAACUUUGAUCGGGAGUGAUGGAAGCUGGAUUCUAAUAAUUCCAGCAGCCUUAAAUGCAAAUCCGUACCUUUCCCUCGAUCUCAGAAGACACUUGUUUCAGUUCGUAGCUCAUAAAUGCAGGCAGUUGAGAGUUGAAGCAACAGCACUGAUAAUUACUGCCAACUUUUCCUUUUUCCUUAGUUAAGCGCUUAUUCACAUUCGUUCACACCAAGAAUUCUCUUUACAGGCUUUACUACUUAUUCUUGUCUUGGCAGCUUUUCGUCUGCUCACAGCUUCUCAGAGUCCAUGGAUUGGUCAAAGAAGCUUUUCUUCACAGCUUUUCUAAUUGUUGCAGCAUCCAUUGAUGGAGCUCAUGGAGAUGCCAUGGUCACUGGAACAGUGUUCUGUGACCAAUGUAAAGAUGGCCAGAUAUCCCUUUUCGAUUAUCCCUCAUAUGGAGUAAAAGUGACAAUGGCCUGUCCAGGCAGUGAUGGUCAAUUCACAACAUGGGGAGAAGAAACCACAAAUUGGGUAGGAAACUACGCUAUGAGGUUUGAGGGCACACCAAACUUGAGUGGCUGCUACACCCAGGUUUCGGGCAGCGGGCAAGGAUCAAAUGGCUGUGGGGCAGUAGCUGGUCCACCCAAGUAUGUAAGACUCAUGUUCGAUAUGUUUGACACUGAAAUGUACACGGUGGAUCCAUUGCUUGCUCAGCCUGCAGAGCCCAUGUCCUUUUGCCCGAAAGCUGCUACCCCCAACCCGGUUGCCCCUUCCAAUCCUCCACUGGUUAUACCGCCACCGGCACCUCAGCAGCCACCUUUGCCACCAGUUCCUAGGUUGCCUCCAAUGCCUCCAGUAUCGUUCUUGGAAGCUUCAGCUUGCCCAUACCAGAAAUGGAUGAUGCCUGAAUACAGAUGCUACUGGAAGGUGGUGACCCCGGACACGAAAGUAGCUGUGGUUUUCGGGCUGAUUGCUGCCCAUAAAUACGGCACAGAUAUGACCCUGGGGCAAGGUAUGAGGGGAAGAGGGGAUCCCUAUAGAACCCUCCUGCGAGAAGGGACGACUGCACUUCUCAACUCCUACAACAGCAUCCAGUUCCCCUACCAUCCUCUUGGUGUCAUCCAGCACAUGAAUUGGGCGCUGAUGGGGUCGACCCGACAUGUCCUCCACACUGCUUUGAGCUUCAUGAGGGCAAAUUCAGGCACGGGCACUAAUGCCACUUGCAGAUUCACUACUUGCAAGUGAUUUUAUUACCUCUGUCCAGGAUCAUUGCAUACAUAUUGGUUCUUUCCUAUGUUUGCUUUUACGAUUGUAAUAUGAAGGCUAGAGAUUGAAGAGACCCCCCAUUAUGUCUAUGUAUGUAUUUUUGUUGUUUGUUGAGUGGAAGAGGAUGGAUAGAUGUAAAAAUAUGAACUCUCAGCGUCUGAAACAUUACAUUUUCACUCAGGCUGGAAUAAAACGUUACUUUGCAUUA